AUGGGUGUCAUUGAUUCAUGUUCUAUGGUCAUUUUAACAAUGAUUACCGUGUGGUUGUUGUUUACACCUUUCAUCGCCGGGGAUGGUAAGGCCGUAACACCAUCCAUGCCCCUUGUAAUCGCCUCCCAUUGCUCAGACAAAUGUGGAAAUGUUAGCAUUCCAUACCCAUUUGGUAUCGAAGAUGGUUGUUACUUAGAACAACCCGAUAUUACACCUUUUCCUAGCUUCAAAAUCAAUUGCAGUCAUCAUCAUAAUAGCCUUCCUACAAUAUUUGGUACCAACUUCGGAAUACUCAACAUUUCAGUAAAAGAGGGAGAUUUUCAUUCUAAAUUACCAGUUUCUUACUAUUGUUACAACCAAAGCGGGUAUGUUAACAGUUGGAUGACUUGGUUCAACCUUGUAACGUUUACCUUAUCUAGCACGAAAAACAUAUUAGUUGCUAUAGGGUGUGACACCUAUGCCACAUUUUCGGGGGUUAGAGGUGACAAGGAAUAUGGAACAGGAUGCAUGACUAAAUGUGUAGAGCCGGAAGAUGUGAUAGACGGUGAAUGUACCGGUGUUGGUUGUUGUCAAGCCUCUAUUCCCGGCGGAAUUAACAACGUUACAGUGUAUUUAGACAGUUUUAACAACCAUAGUUCUGUGUACACUUUUAACCCGUGCAAUGUUGCAUUUCAAGUUGCAAAAGAUGUGUUUACGUUUAACAGAAGAUAUUUAAGCUACCACGGCAAUGGGACUACAACUGAUCGUUGCAUUCUUCAUGCAAAGCCUAAGCCUUGGCUCAUUCCUGUAUUGGUCACUGCAGGUAUUGGUGGUGGUACCAUAAUUAUGCUUGUGAUUGGAUUUAUCUUGCACUGGAAACAUGGGAAAACACAACUCAAAAAUAUGCGAGAAAGUUAUUUUCGACAAAAUGGUGGUUUGCUUUUAUAUAGUAAACUCUCUGGACAAGAUGUUGACAUAUUGAAAAUAUUUUCUAUACAAGAGCUAGAAAUUGCAACUGAUAAUUAUAGCGACGAAAAUAUAAUUGGAAGAGGAGGUUUCGGCAUUGUUUACAAGGGAAUUUUGCUAAAUAAUCAAGUUGUCGCAAUCAAAAAAUCACUCAAGGUGAAUCCGAACCAAGUUGAGCAAUUCGUUAAUGAAGUUCUUGUUCUAUCACAAAUCAACAACAAAAAUGUGGUCAAGUUGCUAGGUUGUUGUCUUGAGAGCGAAGCACCACUAUUGGUGUACGAGUUCAUCAAUAAUGGGACAUUAUAUGACCACUUAGACGACCCAAUCAAAGCAUCCUUAAUGAAAUGGCAUGUGCGCUUAAAUAUAGCAUCCGAAGUUGCUGAUGUGCUAUCAUAUCUACACAAUACAAUCUCAACACCGAUAAUUCAUAGAGAUAUGAAGUCGAUGAAUAUACUCAUAGAUGAAAGGUACACGGCUAAAGUAUCAGACUUCGGAGCUUCAAGGUUGGUUCCAUCAGACCAAGACCAAUUGGCAACAAUGGUGCUAGGAACAUGGGGGUAUUUGGAUCCCGAAUAUAUGCAAACAAGUGAACUAACUCAAAAAAGCGACGUUUAUAGUUUUGGUGUCGUCUUGUUGGAGCUAUUGACUAGGAAAAAGGUGGUAUCUAAUGAUAGACCCGAAACUGAAAGAGGCCUCGCUAUGCACUUCAUACUAAAGAUGAAAGAAGGCCGAUUGUUUGACAUACUUGACAAAUACAUAGUGAGCGAGGAAACAGUUGAAGAAAUACAAAAGGUGGCCAUUUUAGCUAAAUGGUGUUUGAUGUUAAAAGGAGAGGAAAGGCCUACGAUGAAGGAGGUUGCAAUAGAACUCGAAACAAUUAAAAGAAAAGGAUCGCAUCCAUGGAGUAACAAUGAAUUGUUUCAAGAAGGCGAUUGUGAAUUUUUGCUCGGAGAAUUGUCAAUAUCAGAUUACGGCGAAUGUAGCAUUGGUUAUGACUCAAGUACAUAUGAUUCACGCAUAGUUUCGUCUUUGGGAGGUGGAAGGUAA